AUGAAUCUCCUCCAUCUUCGCCCUUCUCCGGCUGCCAUCUUCCCUCCCUCUGCACUCCACCGCAUCUAUCUCAAAGCGAAGAGAAAAAAAACCAAAACGCAGCAACUCAAAUUCCACCAGAGAGCCGAUGGCGUUGUUCCCAUUGCGAGCUUACCCUAUCCGAAGUCAUCUCCCACCCCUCUCCUCAUAUCCGAGACGUCCACCUCCCUUACCACCGAAGAAGCCCUCGAGCGCAUAUUUCUCAACCUGCACUCCGCUCUCGCUGGAGGUAUCCACAUUGAACCCUCCACUUUCUCCUCCCUCCUGGAGCUCUGCUUCCGCAUCGAUCCUUCCCAGCGCCGAGCAGCCGCUCUGCACCGCCUCAUCCCGGCCUCCCUUCUCCAUUCUAGCGCCAACAUCUCCUCUAAGUUGAUUCGUCUCUACGCAUCCAGCGGCCUUGUAGAGAAAGCCCACAACCUCUUCGACAACUUGCCCCCCAGUCAUAAAACCGCAGCUUUCCCCUGGAACGCUCUCAUUUCCGGCUACGCAGACAUCGGUCUUCACGAGGAUGCUAUGGCACUCUACCAUCAGAUGGAGGAAGAAGGUGUCGAGCCGGACCGAUUUACUUUCCCUCGUGUCAUCAAAGCAUGCGCUAGUAUCGGAUCCAUCCCUCAUGGCGAGUCUGUACAUCGCCACCUCGUACGCUCCGGUUUCGCCACCGAACCUUUCGCGCUCAACGCGCUCGUCGACAUGUAUGCCAAGUGCGGUGACAUUGCCCGCGCCCGCCGUAUCUUCGAUCAGAUCCUCGAUCGGGAUCCCGUCGCCUGGAACUCCAUGAUUAACGGGUACAUCCGCCAUGGCUUAUUUGCGGAGGCCAUUGAAACGUGCAGAAGAAUGCUAGUUGGUGGUCUUGAGUUAGAUACUGUGACCAUCUCCUCGUUGCUUGCUGGUUGUGCUUCUUCGAAGUGCAACAUGGGUCUGGAGAUCCAUGGCUGGAUCCUCCGCCGCGGGCUUCUGCUGGGUGUAUCUGUAGCCAACUCUUUGAUCACUAUGUACUCUAUGCUCGGCCAAUUAGACCGUGCGAAGUUCAUUUUCAGUACCAUGCCGGAGAAGGAUUUGGUCUCCUGGAAUGCCAUUAUUUCUGCCAGCAGAAGAGACCGGCGGGUGCUCAGUAUAUUCCGGCAGAUGGAGGAUUCAGGUGUGUCGCCGGACGGCAUAACGUUUGUAUCAUUGCUCUCGGCUUGUGCUAAUUUGGGCCUUGUUGAAGAUGGCCGGAAAAAAGAGCAAAAGAAUUAG